UUCACCUAGUUGAUACACUAUUGAUCGUUCAUUCUAUCAGUCUUUCUCUGUCAAAAUGGCUGCCCCCCAAGAGGUGCGUGACGAUUUGCGCUCUGCGCGUCGUGAACCUAUCCAGGCCGUCCAAGUAUUUGGCCGCAAGAAAACCGCCACGGCUGUGGCUUAUUGUAAGCGCGGACAUGGAGUGUUGCGCGUGAACGGUCGCCCCCUAGACCUGGUGGAGCCCCGCCUGCUGCAAUACAAAUUGCAGGAGCCCAUUCUACUGCUCGGCAAGGAGAAAUUCUCCGGAGUUGACAUCAGAGUAACCGUUAAGGGUGGUGGUCAUGUAGCCCAGGUAUACGCAAUCAGACAGGCUAUCUCCAAGGCACUUAUUGCCUUCUACCAGAAAUAUGUAGACGAGGCGUCAAAGAAGGAAAUCAAAGACAUCCUCGUCCAGUACGAUAGGAGUUUGCUGGUGGCGGAUCCCCGUCGCUGCGAGCCCAAGAAGUUCGGUGGUCCAGGUGCCCGCGCCCGCUACCAGAAAUCUUACCGUUAAUACCAUCUUUGGUACUGCGGAAUGGUAUCACAUUGCUGUGGUUACUGGAGUGCGAUACCAUUGCGUCUUUAUAAAAAUAAAAAAAAAUAUAAAAAGUU